AUGCUGAUUUUUCUGACUCGUUGUGUGUUAAUAGUUGGACUCUCGCAGCUCGUCUGUAGCGUGCAAGAUGCGACACAUCCACCACCAGCGUUAGAUGACUUAGAAGGAAAUGGAUUCGGCGGCAUGAUGAGGGUGUCAAGUCGCAGGAAGCGUGCCCUUGAUGGUCUGGACGGCGAUGGCUUCGGCGGCCUCUUUAAGAGGUCUCUGAACUCACUUGACGGUGAAGGCUUCGGAUUUGAUAAGAGAGCUCUGAAUGCUCUUGAUGGCAGUGGUUUCGGUUUUGACAAACGAGCAUUAAAUGCUCUCGAAGGCAGCGGAUUCGGAUUUGACAAACGAGCACUAAAUGCUCUUGAUGGCAGUGGAUUCGGAUUCGAUAAGAGAUCCUUGAACUCAAUAGAAGGGACUGGUUUCGGAUUUGACAAAAGAUCACUGAAUUCAUUGGAAGGAACGGGGUUCGGCUUCGACAAAAGAGCUCUGAACUCAAUAGAAGGAACUGGUUUCGGUUUCGACAAGAGGAGCUAUCCCAACUUCGUCAGCACUCAUCCCUAUCUGAGACUCUACAAAGGCAAGCAAACCCGGAGGUACAAGGGUGACCGAAGCAACUCCAACGGUCUUAACACAUAUCUUCACAUCAACAAAUUUCACUGA